AUGGCCCUCAAUAUUCGAAAAAUCCAUCCCCUACUAAAAAUUAUAAACCAAACUCUAAUUGAUCUUCCAGCUCCAUCAAACAUCUCCAUCUGAUGAAACUUCGGCUCACUCUUAGGACUGUGUUUAGUAAUCCAAAUUGUCACAGGACUCUUCCUAGCAAUACAUUACACCGCAGAUAUUACUAUAGCCUUCUCCUCAGUAACCCACAUCUGCCGUGACGUCAAUUACGGCUGACUUAUUCGUAACAUCCAUGCCAACGGAGCCUCUUUAUUCUUUGUCUGCAUCUACUUCCACAUUGCCCGAGGACUUUAUUACGGCUCCUACCUCUACAAAGAGACUUGAAAUAUUGGAGUUAUCUUACUAUUUCUACUCAUAGCCACAGCCUUCGUAGGCUAUGUCCUACCCUGAGGCCAAAUAUCCUUCUGAGGCGCAACUGUCAUCACUAACCUCCUUUCUGCUUUCCCUUAUAUUGGUGACACAUUAGUCCAAUGAAUCUGAGGUGGCUUCUCAGUAGACAACGCCACCCUAACACGAUUCUUCGCAUUCCACUUUCUCCUUCCCUUCCUAAUCACCGCAUUAAUAAUUAUCCAUAUUCUCUUCUUACACGAAACAGGCUCAAACAACCCCAUGGGUCUCAACUCCGACAUAGACAAAAUCUCCUUCCACCCCUAUUUCAUCUACAAAGACGCACUAGGGUUUCUGAGUCUCCUUAUUCUCCUAGGAAUCCUAGCCCUAUUUCUCCCCAACCUCUUAGGAGAUGCCGAAAACUUCAUCCCCGCCAACCCUCUCGUCACCCCUCCACACAUUAAACCAGAAUGAUAUUUCCUAUUUGCCUACGCCAUCCUCCGAUCCAUUCCUAAUAAACUAGGAGGAGUCUUAGCCCUUCUAUUUUCCAUCCUCAUUCUUAUAUUAGUCCCCUUUCUUCACACCUCCAAACAACGUAGCAGCACAUUCCGCCCCCUUACACAAGUCUUUUUCUGAAUUCUUGUAGCCAACAUACUAGUUCUGACUUGAAUCGGAGGCCAACCAGUUGAACAACCAUUUAUUCUCAUCGGACAAAUUGCAUCUAUCUCCUACUUCUCUCUGUUUCUCAUUGCAAUUCCACUCGCAGGCUGAUGAGAAAACAAAAUCCUCGGCCUUAACUAA